UGAAGGUGUAUUUGAGAAGACCCUACAGGCAACACUCAAUUCAAGCUUUUGACGACUGCAAAUUUCAACUUCAGAAAGUCUGGCCUGCUUGCUCGCAAAAGACACCGUGAAUCCCAGGUUUGGGGGGGUACCCCCUUUGCUUCACAUCACAUGCCACCAACAAGCUUCUGAAGAUUUUGCCUUAGCCCACGUGGCUCAAAGCUGCCUGUCAAAAAAGACUCUUCAAAAGCUUUGGGAGGAUGAUUUAGAAGGCUUUCCUUCUCGGGUCAAUGCGAACAUGGUCGGUGUGACCAUCUUCGCGGCCGCUUUCCUCGCGUUCCGAACUGGUGUCACGUCCGAACUUUGUCUCCCUGGUGGCAUCCCAGAUGCUGAGCGGAAGGAGUUGUCCAACGGAACCGAAAGCUACCCAGUUGGGAUUUUUCUGGUCGACUACGCUGCUCAACACGCCACGGCGGAAUUGGUUGCGAUCUUACUCCAGGAGAAGCUUGGCUACAAAGUGAAGAGGAUGAUUGACGGCAAGCUCACGUCCGAUGCCUUCUACGCCCUGGCAGGUUGCCUCCAGCCCUCGGACAGUUCCAACCGGAGAUGCGGCGAUCAGAUGCAGACCCGUGCGCACAUCAGCGUGGAGGGCUGGACCUCAGGAUAUCAAACAGAGUGGGACGAGCUUCAGCGAAACUCUCCAUCCUUUGCUCCCAGGAAUCUGGGCAACAUGGGAUAUCAAGGCUCUGCUGGAAUGUUCAUUUCAGCCACUGUGCAGGAAAAGGCUUAUCGAAGCGAGGGCUUGUCCUUGGACUUCUACAGAGACUACAACGUCUCGUGGGAGGAUCCGGGGCGAUACUUCACCCGACCGCAAGACAUUAACGUGUCGAAGUUGCUGCCCUGCGAGAAGACCUCUUUGAUGCAUGUGGGACAGAUGGCCGCGUACCUCAAAGUGACGGGCGAUCACGAGGGUGUCAUCGUUCAAGGUGAUGGAACAGUCAUCGGCCGAUGCUUCGACGGCUACUUCUGGCGUGCCCCCACGUGUCGAAGCAAUGCUUCCAGUUGUAUUGCCAUGAUCAGUGGCGGUUCCGGGUGGAGCGUUCUCGCACAUUUGCAGCAGGCAACCUUCCAUAGCAUGCCUUUGGUGUGGGCGGUGGGAAGCACUUGGGGAAGCUUCACGUCCCUGCCGAUGGAGUACACGACGAUGUUUUACUGGUGGACGCCAGACCCGACGUUCUUGAGGUUGAAGGCGAUGCCUAUCAUUUUCCCACCCUACAAUCGCCGAGAAUAUGAGAGUGGGAUCCAGCGAACAGCUGCAGCUGCAAUUUCCAUCGACAAGUACGUGAGUCAGGACUUGCACGUACUGGCUCCGGAGAUUGAAGAGUUCAUGUCUUCCUACUUGGUGGAGAUGCAAGAUGUAGAUGAAAUCAUGUUGGACCAACUUGAGUCAAAGGAGUCCUUCUUUGCCGCUGCAUGCCGAUGGCUGAAGGCCAAUGAGGACCGGUGGCUGAAGUGGCUUCCAGACAAGACCAAGUGCUUCCCGCGCUAUGGGCUCUUCAGCGACAAGGAAGAAAUCUUUGUAAAGAGCCGCGCCUCCGAGACCGAUUUGAGCUGUCAGCCUUGCCGACCGGGUUUCUUCUCACUACCCUUGGAGGACCAUGAUGGCAGCACCUUCAUUUGUCAAGAAUGCGAUGUCGGCACUUAUCAGGUCUUUGGAGCGUCCAUCGCUUGCGAUCCCUGUGGAACUGGCGAAUAUCAGGAUGAAACCGGCAGCAAGUCCUGCAAAAGGUGUGGCUUUGGAGAAUACCAAGACAUCAGUGGCCAAAGCGGGUGCAAGCAAUGCCCAGUUCAAACGACGACAGGUGGGAUGGGUUCGAGGUCUAUUCACGAUUGCGGCUGUCUGGCGACGACCAUCAACAUGGCGGAACGAGGUGGCUUCCUGUGCCAGCCUUGCCCCAAGGGCCUCCACUGCCCCUUUGCCUCGAGCUUGCCCAGUUUGCAACAUCAAGUGGCUGACCCACAAGCUCAACAUCCGCCGCAGGUCAUGGAAGGCUACUAUUCCGAGCCCGCAGAGCCCUUGAGCCUUUAUAAAUGUGAGCCUUCAGAGCACUGCCCCGGUGGUGGACCGGGAGAAUGUGCCGGAGGUCUCAUGGGCAUCCCGUGCGCCAUGUGUGAUGCAGGGCAAAACUGGAAUGGCCAAGGAUGUACAGAGUGCCAAGACGAAGCACCUCUUGUAUGGGCAGUGAUUCUCAUCCUUUUGCUGCUGGUCCUGCUGAAAGCCUACGACUUUGUAGAGUCAACGAGUAGAGCAGAAGCCUCAUCUUUUCAGGCAUGCACAUUCGCAGCUGGCAUUGGCAUCAACGUGGUUCAGAACAUGGCCAUCUUCGGACUGAUGUCUGUGCGAUGGUCACCCUCUGUGAGCGUCACCAGCCAGUCCUUACGUGUGGUCCUGUUGGAUGUGGAUCAGUUGGGCCUCGGCUGCCUCACCGGCAAGAGCAAUUUCAUGCGCUUUCUUGCCAGUGGAUUAGUCUUCCCACUUGCUUCGAUCUUCUUGCUUUCCCGCUGGUUGGCAUCACCACUGCUGAAACCACUGGAGAGUUGCUACAGCUGUCCGACAUUCUGGCCAGAGAGACUGAAGUUGGGAGUUAAACCCUGGAAGCUUUACAAGACCUUCAACACCAUUGGUGCUUUGCUGACGGUGGGAUUUGCCACUUUGAGCGCUGUGUCCUUACAACCGCUCAUGUGCUACCACCAUCCCAAUGGCAAGUCGAGCCUGGUGAAGUAUACCGGCACCUUCUGCGGAGACCAUGAGCAGAUCAUCAUGGUGGCUGUUGGAAUGGUACUGAUGGUCUUCGCCCUCAGCUUUUUUGUGACCUGCACCAUUGCGGUCAUCAAGAUCCCGCAGUGGAGUGCUGAGCAGCAUUCCGCGUGGGUGCAAGCCUUUACUUUCCUGACUGCCAAGUUCAGACUGGAUGUGUGGUGGUUUGGCUUGCUAUUGCCCAUCCGAGGAUUUGUCCUCAGCAUGGUGGUGGUCUUGGCCACUGAUCAGCCAGAGCUGCAGGUGGCGCUCGCGAGUCUCAUGAUCCUUUGCUACCUGUGCACGAUGGUGCGAAUGUGGCCAUGGAAGGCGGUGAUCCUCAACUAUGCAGAUGCUGCCUUGUGUAGCUGUUUGCUGCUCUUAGUCAACCAAUCUCCGCACUUUACAACUGAAUCGGAGACCAAAUUCACAGAGGGCUUUUCAUUGGCGAUCAUUGCCUUGGAAGCUGCAUGUUUGUUGCUGACUGCGAUCGUUUGCAUCGUGGCAGUGAUUUCCAGCUAUUGCGGAGGUUCAGGAACGGGAGUGCUCAAUCUCGGCAGUGCCAAUGUGACCAAGAUCUCACAAGCAUUGCGACACACGGCCACGGAGCUCCUGAAGAUUGAAGCCUUUUACCUUCAAAAAAGGCUUUGUGAAAUGAACAACUAUGACUUGGAGAGGAUUAAGGACGUCAUCACUUUGAUGUCCAUGGAUGUGUUUCCUGACACUACUGAGCAGUACCGCUUUCACCGGCGCAUUAGUCUGAAUGUGGCCAGCCGUCACAGCGGCUUCGCGACGCCUGAGAUGCAGAGCAUACCAUUCAGUUUCAAUGACCAGGAGCUGGUGCCCCACGACCUGGUGCCCUGGAGCCAUUUCGGGAAGGUGGUGUGAAAGGCGGCGCGAUUCUGCGUGGCGAAGCAUCCGAUUCAAGACCGCUUCAAAGACGGCGCUGAAGCGCACAACGCAUGAAAGAGACGAGUCCAGAGCUUGGAAGCUGUAGCUUCACGCAGCUUCACUUCAGGAAUGUCUUCAGGGGUUCUCCGCAUUUCUCCGCCUCAAUUGCACCUCAUAGGUUCAUUCCGCCGAAAAACCCCUCGACGGGUUCAUUUCGGUGUCCUCAGAGCUCCCAGGAUCAAUCCGAGCAGUCCCAAAGGGACGAGAUCGAGGAGGAUCAACAGGCCAAAAAUGACGUUCCAGCCUUUAGUGAUGCCAGUGAUGCAGGAUAUUGAUGUUGUUUGAAUUGUAGGUUUUUGGUGGAUGACAUACAAUCUGGACUAACCGAUCACAAUACAUGAAAGAGAGUGUGUUUCCAGCAAGCACCAAGGAAGUGCAUGUUUUAUCGUCAAUGAUUCUUGUAUGGAAUGCAAUUUAGACAAAAUUCUAUAUAUUAGCUUAGUAGGAUUAGGUACUGAAUUGGUUUUCAAUCACAUCAAGUGGCGGGUCUUUGUUUCUACCUCAGUCACCUCACAUGUCCUUGACCCGGAAACGCUUGGUUUCUGCAUCCGAGCUUUUCUGCAUCCGAGCCAACUCUUCCUUUGAAGCAGGUGAAGCAGAUGCAUGAAUGGGUGCUUGACCGAGGGCCGACGCUUUCGGAAAUGAUGUGAUCAAGCCAAACAUCCAGACAUGUAUAGAGGAGCAUGCCGUUUGAGAUUGAUUCUAGAUUCCAUUCUCUGUGUCCGACUGGUUUCAUCGAAGAACUAUUGCUGUGCUUUUGGUAUGCGCUCACAAAGGUGAGUUGCUACCUUGGGCUUUCAGAUCUCAAGCCAGGGUCCAGGCUGUGCGCCAAGCGUUUUGCAACCUGCCCUGGCUUCCAAAGUCAUCACACAUCGUUUGAACAGCCUGACGUAUCGGAUACAAGCUACUAGCUUCUGGCCUCCAACCCAAUAGAAAA